UGAAUUUGAAACUUUCAGAAGCCGUUUACACGAAACGUUCACCGCUGGGAGGCAUACCGAUUCCACCGAAAAAACUGGUUAAUCUGCGUGGAAUCCGCGAAGGUGUUCGUCGUUUUGCUUUUCUUCUGGAGACUUGUAGACCGGGAAGUUUUCCGGAUGCACCUUUAUUGGCCGCUUUAUUGGAUCUGAAGUCACCGAUUCUUGGCAGAGCAGCGCUGAUUUUGGAGUGUGCACAUUUUGUUCAUCGCUGCAAUAAAGGUGAUUGGCCAGAAUGGAUUCGCUCAAGUACAGCGCGUCAGCUGAGCCUUAUGGGCUGUGGGGGUGCAUUGGGGAAUCGUGGAACACCGAGUGCAACCAGACGUAUGCAUAUGAUGCAACGGGCUGCCGGACGAUGCUUCUAUCAUUGGGCGCAUCAGAUUGGAGAUCGUAUUUGUAAAUUAAUGGAGACAGAUGGUGUGAUGAACAGCAGUGAGAAAUCCGAUUCUUUCAACAAACGUACUGAUAUGAAGAAACGUCAGUUGAAACUUCAUGAUGAAUUAGAAGACUUCUUCGACGAAGGUUUGAAAUUAUUGGAACAAAAUUCCAUCAAAUUUUCCAUUUCAGUUAUAUUC